AUGGACGCCUGCCUGCAGAAGUGUACGACGAGCAAGGACUAUACGUCUACCACGCCCACCUCAUCUGAGGGAGUGGCGUCGUUCAUGCCUCGCUGUGUCGCGUACUGGGACAGCAAACGCGGAAAGUGCAUCAAUUGCGAGCACAUCUUUCUCAAGACACUGAGCCAGCACUCGGGUUUCUGCUCCGUGGACUGCAAGUCCAACAUGGUCUACCUGGAGGACGUGAACCGGUCCAUCCGCGCCAUGAAGGACGCGGUGGACGAGUGCCAACUCGUCCGAGAGCAAGCACUCACCCAAGAGCAAGUGCGCACGGAAGAGCCGACUGCGCAGCAAGAGCUACCGCAGAUCGAAGUCGACCAGCAGCCUAAGCUACAGCCGACCCUGACCUCCUCGAAAACCGGCGCCGACGCCUCGCACAACUUGUUGCACGCGCAGUCGUUCGCUGACUUUGACCUCGGGUCUCGACUGCUGGACGCGGACAACGUUGAGUGGUCGUUUAGUACCGUGUGCUAA